AUGGCCCGGGGCCCCGGCCCGCUAGGUCGGCCUCGCUCCGAAACGGUCGCCAUGCCCAAGAGAGGGAAGCGACUCAAGUUUCGGGCCCACGACGCGUGCUCCGGUCGAGUGACCGUGGCGGAUUAUGCCAACUCGGAUCCGGCCGUCGUGAAGUCUGGACGGGUCAAGAAAGCCGUCGCCAACGCUGUUCAGAAGGAAGUAAAAUCUCUUUGUGGCUUGGAAGCCUCUCAGGUUCCUGCAGAGGAAGCUCUUUCUGGUGCCGGUGAGCCCUGUGACAUCAUUGACAGCAGUGAUGAAAUGGAUGCCCAGGAGGAGAGUAUUUAUGAGAGAACUGUUACCAGAAAAAAGAAAAGCAAGAGGCACAAAGAAGAUGUAGACAGGGCUGGAGGAGAAGAGUAUCCCAUGGAUAUUUGGCUCUUGCUGGCUUCCUACAUCCGUCCUGAGGACAUUGUGAAUUUUUCCCUGAUCUGUAAGAAUGCCUGGACCGUCACUUACACUGCUGCCUUUUGGACCAGAUUGUAUCGAAGGCACUACACGCUGGAUGCCUCUUUGCCUUUGCGCCUGCGACCAGAGUCAAUGGAGAAGCUGCGUUGUCUCCGGGCAUGUGUGAUCCGAUCUCUGUAUCAUAUGUAUGAGCCAUUUGCUGCUCGAAUCUCCAAGAAUCCAGCCAUUCCAGAAAGCACUCCCAACACACUAAAGAAUUCCAAAUGCUUACUUUUCUGGUGCCGAAAGAUUGUUGGGAAUAGACAGGAACCAAUGUGGGAAUUCAACUUCAAGUUCAAAAAACAGCCCCCCAGGUUAAAGAACAAGUGUACGGGAGGAUUGCAGCCUCCCAUUCAGUAUGAAGAGGUUCAUACCAACCCAGACCAGGACUGCUGCCUCCUGCAGGUCACCACCCUCAAUUUCAUCUUUAUUCCAAUAGUCAUGGGAAUGAUAUUUACCCUGAGUAGACGCCUGAAAAACAGUGUCAACAAAGACCACCAGACAGCGGCCACCCACUACGCCAGCAUGGACCCAGCCGUGGUGCACCACCCUGAGCUCAAUGGGGCAGCCUACAGAUAUCCCCACCCCCCCGGUGUGGUGGGCAUGGCCCCCACCGGCAUCCCCGCCACUGUCGAAGGCACCACCGAGGCACAAGAGGUGGUGGCAUCUCUGGGGCCCCAGCACCUAGAGGCUGGCCUUGUAGGUGGGGAGCGGCAAGCAGAAGCCCCCCUCAUCCCCGGACUUGUCCUGCGCAACCAUCGUUAA